UUUCUCUUUCCUGCAACAGCGGCACCCAAAGGCCUUCGCCCGCGAAAUUAUUAUGGGACAAUGUACACGGACAUAGUUCGCGCAUCCUCCGACGCCAUCGACGCCUUGACGCUUUAUCGCCGUCUAAUAUUUGCCGAGGAUGCAUAUGUUGAUAAUGCUGGGUUCACCGCGUUUGACGCACAUGUCGGUGACACCUCCUGCCAGCUGCAAGCUGGAAUGCUCCUCGACUUGACCAAGAAGCAUAGGUACUGGGCCUUGAGCAGCAGUGACAAAGAAGCGUCCUGGCUCGAUAAAUACAUCGAACGGCUCACCAACGUGUGUGAUGGAGCACGAGAGAUGCUGGCCAAGCUCACGAUCGAGCGCAUUCACCCGGAGAAACUGGGGAUUGGUCCCAAGAAGGAUAGUCCAGACGGGUUACUCCGCCACUUGGGAUGGGAUGAACAGGAAAUCUUGAGUUCCAUUACAGCUAUCUAUCCAAUAUCCCAGGUAAAAAAGCCACGGACUCACAAAGGCUGUCUAAACGGCUGGGAUUUGAUCGAGGAGGGGCAGCAGGAGCAGCUGGUCACUAAGUGUCAGGAGAAUGCCUUGUGGCAAAUUUGCAAUGAUCCGGCAGUACUGAACAACUCUAUUGCUCACCACGAAGACAUGGACAUAGUGAUUGUGGAUGAUACCGACGUUAGGCCAACAGCGGAAAGGGUCCCACCGUCAUGUGCAUCCACAGCAUCGUCCAACGAAGCAGUGGAUGGGAUUGAAUGGAAUCCACUAGACGCAUGGACCAUGGUCCGAUUCAUCACCUACUGUAUUGUUCUUUCCAAGUACAAGGGCUUUCGUCGGUUCCAGCACGUCGUGGGGGCGCGCAUCGACCCUGAAGCAGCGAUCCAGGCAGGUGACGAAAUGGUGCGCGAUGUGUGGGACUAUAGUCUCUUCCACUACAAGUAUUCCAAAGCCACUCGCCGAAUCGAGCUGGAGUUUGGGAUCUUGCAGAGCUGGGUAUCGAAAUUGAGUUGUGCAUGGCUGUAUGAUAUUGCAAAGGCAUCAUCAGCCUCACCUGGAAUUGAUAGUUUGAUGAUGCGUACCAUCCGGACCUCUUCAACCAACCUAACCUGCAUCCCGACAUAUGUCGGCUAUUUGGCCAUGAGAGAGCUAUGGGGGAAAGACGGCGAUCCUUUAAUUCUGGUUGAUCGGCAUUUCUGUGAUAGCGGUAAAAAUUUCCAGCAAAAGUUGAUCCAAGAAGUAAAGGGAAUCAAGAAGAAAACUGAUGGCUUUCAGGUUACCACUCCAACUUUUUCUUCGCCACGCUCAGACUCGAAAGCACGAAUGCAACGGACCGAGAUGGAUUCCCACCACAGCGUCUACCCCUCAAGCACUCGCCAGCGACAUGAGGGGCACGACUGCGACGACAACGAAGCGCACAUUGCCAAAUUUCUGGUUCAUGAUCACGAUCGACUAACACUGUCCUUUUUUGCGAGACACAGGCACUAUACGUUUGAUCUGAACAGUUCCAAAAAUAGUAUUAACGUUGCAGAUGAGCGGGAAGAGGUUGCAGAGCAGAUGGAACGGGUCUUCCCUGGAUUAGCAGAGCAGUGGAGCAUUUCCGACCAAGAAGCAGACGCGAUGGGUACCGCAGGCGAUUCAUUGCACAUGUUUGCCUGGCAGCAUGCCUUCACGGAGACCAAGGGCCGGAUUGCAGAAUUGGUUUCUACGGCGAAGGACACGCUGCCGAUCUCGGCCUCACUGGAAAGGAUUCACUGAUAUGGUCCCACAAGCAGGAACUAUUAGUUAUGCGUUGGGAACCUGUACAUAGUGAAUUACAUAUAGAGAGCACGUUUGUGC